AUGCCAGAAGAAGCGGUGGCGCCGGUGGCGCGUGCUUUCCAGACGUGGGCUGAGAACACGCAGUUCGAGUUUCAGAGGGUUGGUGGGAACCCCGGGGACACGGUGGACAUCACGGUGGGGUUCUACAGUGGGGACCACGGGGACAGAUUUCCUUUCGUCGGCAGGACGGUGGCCCACGCGUUUGCACCGGAGGACGGGAGGUUUCACUACGAUGCGGACGAUAGGUGGGGGGUCAGGGAGCCCGGGGCGAUGGACUGGGAGACGGUGGCGCUGCAUGAGAUCGGCCAUCUCUUGGGGCUCGGCCAUAGCAACGUCGAGGAGGCGAUUAUGUUCGCCAGUAUUCCUGUUGGAGCUGCCAAGGGUUUGAAUGCGGAUGAUGUUCAAGGGAUUAGGGCUUUGUAUAACCCUCUCUUCCUCCCCUUCACUUGUUCCAUCCCAAUAAUCUUCUUAUCUUCAUCCAUGGCGUCAACUUCCUUCUUUCUUCUCCUUCUUCCCCUUCUCCUCCUCCUUCAAACCCUCCCCUCCUCAUCAAACGCCCACUCCACCGCUACCUCCUUCCUCGACCACUUCACCGAAGCCCCCAAAAUCGGCGACCGCCACCCAGCCAUCGCCGGCGUCAAAACCUACCUCCGUCGCUACGGCUACCUCUCCGUCGACGACAUCGACGACGACCACUACUUCGACGUCCUCCUCGAGUCCGCCCUCAAGACCUACCAAUCCAACUUCAAGCUGGACCCCACCGGCCGGCUCGACCCGCCGACGGCGGCCAUGAUGAGAACCCCACGCUGCGGCGUCCCCGACGUGCUCAACGGCACCAACUGGAUGGCGGCGCCGGCGAAAGUUACUCACCACCACCACAGCCGCUUCCGAACCACCGCGCGGUACAAUUUCUUCCCCGGGAACCCGACGUGGCCGGAGGGGAAGCGGAACCUGACGUACGGGUUCCUCCCGGGGACGCCGGAGAUGGCGAGGAAGCCGGUGGCGCGUGCGUUCAAGAAGUGGGGCGCGCACUCACGCGGGCGGUUCGCGUUUGUGGCGACGGAGGAUGAUCACGCGGAAUCGGCGGAUAUCAAGAUCGGGUUCUUCAGCGGGUACCACGGGGACACGGGCUCGUUUGAUGGGCCGGGCGGGUCGCUGGCCCACUCAAGCCCACCGAAGUCUGGGCUCCUGCACUUCGAUUCGGAGGAGACUUGGGCCGUGGGCUCGGUCCAAAAGGCUUUCGACGUCGAGACGGUGGCUUUGCACGAGAUUGGACACAUUCUCGGGCUGAUGCACAGCUCGGUGCCGUCGGCGAUUAUGUACCCGGCUGUCGGCGACGGUGUGACGAAGCAGCUGAGCCGGGAUGAUGUUCAUGGCUUCAGGGCUUUGUAUAAGGUCUGA